ACAUUUAACAAAAUUUAUUGAAUUAAACAGGUAAUGUUAUGAACUUUUUGUAUUUUGUAUAAGUUUCUGUGGUGCUGCUGUUAAUGCAAGAAUAAUGCCUGUGAGAAAACAAGAUGCUGAGCGUGCUUUAGCAUUGCUUCAACAAUACCAUGUUAAACUGACAAAGCCUGGUGACAUGGCUCUACGUGGAGCAUUGGAAAAAGUUAUGGACAUAUUUCGAAGUGAACUGUUCCAUGCGUUACUUGACAUUCAGGAAUAUUAUGAAGUGACGUUGAUUGAAGCUUUCCAGCGGAUAGGAGGCGAUCAACUAAACAUGGAGCCCUCAUCUAUAGCGUGGCAUCAUAACACUAGUGAACUACACUACAAUAACAAUGCCAACGAUAAGAAAUAUCGCUACCAAGAUGAGGAGAGACUCUCACAUGGAGACAUCGCUAAAUCGACAUCCUCCGAUCCUGGGUUCGAUCCUCAUUAUAGGAAGAAUCAUCCACAAGUUGUUGAGAUGACAACAAAUUUGGACAGCCAUCAAACUAAACCAUUCAUGCCUACAACACCAGUUAUUCACACUUCAAUGCCACAACCAACAUACGAAUAUGAAGACAUUCUACUAGAAAGGGGAAGUGCUGGCCUUGGAUUCUCGAUCGCUGGUGGUCGUGACAACCCACUUGAGCCACAAGAUGGCAGUAUAUACAUCACCAAGAUUAUACCUGGUGGGGCUGCUGCAGCUGAUGGAAGGUUGAGAGCUGGCAAUGCAAUUAUGGCAGUCAAUAACGUGGACACAAGCAAUGUCUGCCAUGCUGAUGCAGUGAAUGCUCUUAAGAUGGCUGGUUCAACAGUUGUAUUAAGGAUUCGUCGGUCAUUGGAAGAUAUGUCAACCGUACGCUCCAUACAUGAAAUAAAUGACGAGAAUUUGGAAGAAACCGAAAUAGAUAUUCAACUUGUGAAAGGAACUAAAGGUCUUGGCUUCAGCAUAGCAGGUGGCAUUGGUAACCAACAUAUACCUGGUGACAAUAGCAUAUACGUGACCAAGGUUAUUGAAGGUGGGGCAGCUGAGGCUGACGGGGUGCUGCAAGUUGGAGAUAAGAUAAUAUCUGUUGACGGCAUUUCCGUCUUGGAUUUAUCCCACGAAGCAGCUGUGUCAAUAUUAAAAGGGACAUCCAAUGUUGUUGAUCUUCAUAUACUUCGUCAAUCCAUCAACAUCACUUCUCAUUAUCCCCUCCCAUCCAUACAAACAUCCGAUCCCCAGGAAGAGGAUGUUGCUCCUAUUGUCCUCCCUCCUCCAUCAGAUGAGUUGUUCCAGGAGGAACGUCAUCUUCCACCUGCUACAUCUAUUGAAAGCGGCAUUAAAGUGUCCCCACCCACAAGUUACCAAACCAGUGAUCCCAUGUUAGCCACCGAUGACAGCCAUGAAGUAGAACUCCCACCACAGAUGCCCAUCUAUCAACCUAGGGAUGAAGCUACUAAGAGAAGCCAGAUACCAAGGGAGGUGCGGUUUGUGACACUUAACAAGACAGGGGUUGGUCUUGGCUUCAACAUAGUAGGUGGAGAUGGUAGUGAAGGGAUAUUCAUAUCCUACAUACUUGCUGGAGGUACUGCAGAUGUGAGUGGUGAACUAUUCAGAGGAGAUCAACUAUUAUCAGUUAAUGGCAUUGACCUUACCAAAGCAACACACGAGGAAGCAGCGCAUGCGUUAAAGAGCGCCGACAAAGUGGUCACCAUUGGAGCACAAUAUAAACCAGAAGAUUACAACAGAUUUGAAGAGAAGAUUCAGGAGCUCCGAGAACAAAUGAUGAAUUUAUCGGUGAGCAGCGGGGGUAGUUUGCUCACAUCCCAGAAGCGAAUGUUAUAUGUGAGAUCACUGUUCGAAUAUGACUCGUAUCGGGACUCUGGGCUGCCAAGCAAAGGUUUAUCGUUCCGAUAUGGUGACAUACUUCAUGUUGUAAAUGCAAGUGAUGAUGAAUGGUGGCAAGCUAGAAGGGUGGAGGGAGGUAGAGACAGUGAGGAGUUUGGGGUAAUCCCCGCCAAGCAACGAGUCGAAAGAAAGGAACGCGCUCGACUUAAACAAGUCAAAUUCUCGCAGUUUAAACCUUCACUUAUUGAUAACAAGGAAUCCUUAAAUCAAGCGAAAAGGAAAAAGAGUAUGAUGUUUAGUAGAAGGUUUCCAUUUUAUAAAAGUAAAGAAAACUUGGAUGAUUUGAGCGACCAAGAAAACCACGUGGCUUCAAACCAAAGUGAUAGCGAAACCAGCAUAAAUGAUGUUAUUUUGUCGUAUGAGACUGUUGUUCAGAAAGAAUUGAAGUACACUCGGCCAGUUGUCAUCUUGGGACCAUUUAAAGAUCGUAUUAAUGAUGACUUGAUCGCUGAGUAUGCGGAUAAGUUUGGGUCCUGUGUUCCACACACAACUCGAGAGAGACGGGACAAUGAGGAAGACGGACGUGAUUAUCAUUUCGUGGAAUCCCGUGAAAAGAUGGAACUUGAUAUACAGAACCAUUUCUUCAUCGAGGCUGGCCAGUAUAACGAAAACUUGUAUGGAACGAGUGUUCAGUCGGUUAAAGAUGUUGCUGAAAAGAACAAACAUUGUAUCCUCGAUGUGUCAGGCAAUGCUAUAAAGAGGUUACAAGUGGCUGGGUUGUGGCCGAUUGCCAUCUUUAUUCGUCCUAAGUCUGUAGAGUGGCUCAUGGAAUUAAACAAGCGUUUAGUUGAAGAACAAGCUCGUAAAAUAUUUGAACGAGCGACGAAACAAGAGCAAGAAUUUGGGGAAUAUUUUACAGCGGUUGUGCAAGGUGACACCAUAGAUGAUUUGUAUGAAAAUGUUAAAGGAGUGAUAAAGGAACAAUCGGGUCCAGUAGUAUGGGUGCCUGCAUCUGAUGACUUAUGAAACUACAAACAGAAUAUCUCUAAAAUGUUCUGGGCCGCAUGCCAACAAUAAGCACCAAGAGUAGAUGCUGACAGAGACUUAGCUUCAAGUAAAAACAAUGAAUAUCAAUCAUUGGCAGCAAGACGCUUGUUUUGUGCUGCUCUAUAUUGAAUAUGGUGCUGGUAUCGCAAUUCUAUCAUGAAUGCAAAACACUUCUUAUCUUUAUUGGUUUAGCUGCGUUUUAUUUCAUGUUAUAACAAACUUUUGAUCUAUAUAGUACGUUUUAACAUAUUACUUAAGAGAAACUUUAGUAUGUUAACAUUACAUUUCUAGUUUAAAUUCAAAUUCGAAAAAAAAA